AUGGCUGCCGUGGAAGUCGCGGUGGAAGUUGCCGAACGGGGCGUGGUUGGCGCCCGUGCGGAGGAAAUCCUCCUCCUCGGAGAGCGAGGUCAGGGAGCCGUCCAGCUCCGUCUUCGUGAGCUCGUCCUGGCCGAACAGCGCGAGCAUCGGGGAGUCCGACUGAUGCUUGGAGGCCGAGGCGGCCACAAAAAGGCCCUGCGGGACAAAGGCCUUGAGCUCCCGCAGGGCCUCGCGGAGGUUUAA